AUGAUAAAAACUGCUCUAAUUCUGGGAUUAACGCUGAUAUUUGUGGUCAGCAGCUAUGCAAUUAUCAGGAUCCCGUUACAUCAGAUGCGCACCGUACGCCGUUCCCUGGCUGACAGCGGCCUGACCCUGGACGAGCUGAAGUUGAGGGCCAAACAGGCCGGAGAAGAAGCCUGGACCACGGAGGACGAUCAUGUCCCUACCACCCAGUCCUCAGCCCCCGUGGAAAAGCUCAUAAACUUCAUGGAUGCCCAGUACUUCGGUGUGAUCUCCAUUGGUACACCACCACAAGAGUUCAAAGUUCUAUUCGAUACAGGUUCAUCCAACCUGUGGGUUCCAUCCAUCCACUGCUCCUUCCUCGAUCUGGCAUGUUGGUUGCACCAUCGUUAUAACUCCAAGAAGUCCAGUACGUACGUACAGAACGGCACCUCCUUCUCCAUCCAGUACGGCAGAGGCAGCCUGACCGGCUUCUUCAGCCAGGAUACCGUCAACCUGGCAGGUCUGGACGUAAAGCAGCAGCUCUUUGCCGAGGCCGUCAUGCAGCCGGGCAUCGUGUUCGCGGUGGCCCGUUUCGACGGCGUGCUGGGCAUGGCGUACCCGAUCCUCUCGGUGGGGAAGGUCCGACCCGUGUUCGACUCCAUCAUGGACGAAAAGCUGCUGCCACAGAACAUUUUCUCCUUUUACAUCAACAGAGACCCCACAGCGGAGGUGGGAGGUGAGCUCAUGCUGGGUGGAUUUGAUCAGCAGUACUUUGAUGGAGAUCUUCACUACCUGAACGUCACCCGUAGAGCGUACUGGCAGAUCAAGAUGGAUUCAGUGGAGGUUGGAAACACUCUGACUCUUUGUAAGGACGGUUGCCAGGCGAUCGUCGACACGGGAACGUCCCUCAUCACAGGACCAGUGGAGGAGAUUCGGGCCCUGCACCGAGCCAUCGGGGCCCUCCCGCUUCUCAUGGGAGAGUACUGGAUCAGCUGUAAGAAAAUCCCCACCCUGCCUGUAAUUUCACUCAAUCUGGGAGGGAAGAUGUUCAACCUGACCGGAGAGGACUACGUUUUUAAGUCCUCUCAGAUGGGCAUGACCGUGUGUCUGUCCGGUUUCAUGGCGAUGGACAUCAGCCCCCCCGCCGGGCCCCUCUGGAUCCUGGGUGAUGUUUUCAUCGGCCGCUUCUACACCGUCUUCGACCGCGACAACGACCGAGUGGGAUUCGCUCGAGCCAAGUGAACAGUGUUCACGUCAAGGUCUCACAGAGUCUGGAUUCCACUCGCCGAUCCACUUUCUAACUUCUUACUUCUGGUGUAAAAGUCAUGUGUGUUCUUUUAUAGCUCAGUGGUGAAAUUCUAAACUAAAAUCUGCUUUUUAUGCUUUUGUUACGAGUGUUUGUGUGUCUGGAACAUAAAACAUGAUAUUUUCCGAUUUCGUUCCUAAAUAUUCAGCUGAUUAAUGACGUGUAAACAUCAAACUAGAAUUGACUUUCUAUAAAAAGUUGUCUGUAAAAUCUGUAAAUAGAAAAUACAAGCAACUGAUUUACUGGAAAAACAAACUCAAAUUGAAUGUCAAUAUACUGUAUAUAUACACUAUACUGCCACAAGUAUUCGCUCAUCUGCCUUCACACGUAUAUGAACUUGAGUGUCUCCCAUUCUUAAUCUACAGGGUUUAAUAUGAUGUCGGCUCCACCCUUUACAGCUAUAACAGCUUUAACUCUUCUGGGAAGGCUUUCCACAAGGUUUAGGAGUAUCCACAUGAAGUUUGGACGUCUGUAGCAAUUUACUUUGCAGAAAUUGACCCCGUUCUGUCAUUUUACGUGGCCUACCCAAUCGCUUCUACUUUGUUAUAAUACCACUGACAGUUGACUGUGGAAUAUUUAGUAGUGAGAAAAUUUCACGACUGGACUUGUUGCACAGGUGGCAUCUUAUCACGGUACCACGCUGGAAUUCACUGAGCUCCUGAGAGCGACCCAUUCUUUCACUAAUGUGUGUAGAAGCAGUCUGCAUGCCGAGGUGCUUGGUUUUAUACACCUGUGGCCAUGGAAGUGAUUGGAACACCUGAAUUCAAUUAUUUGGAUGGGUGAGUGAAUACUUUUGGCAAUAUAGUGUGUGUGUAUGUAUGUAUAUAUAUAUAUAUAUAUAUGUGUGUGUGUGUGUUUUUAUUCGUAUAUUACAAUAUAUUGGGAUAGUUGGGAAGUUAAGAUAGAAAAAUGUAAAAAUCAGACCAAACAUGUUUUACUUUUUCAUUUUUUCAUGCUUUUUUACAUUUAACGGACUCUACUAUCAAAAGCCACGUACAAUUAUAACCAAUUGACGUUUAUGGGCCUUGUACAUGGGGCCCAACAGUGCCAAUUUUGGUUCAAACCAGCAACCUUCUGAUUACUAGUCCAGUAUCUUAAUCUCUAAACUACUAAAUUGCUGGUUUCUUUGAUGAUUUGACUGUUGCGUAGAAGCAUGAGCGGAGACUGUUCAGUCAGCAAGAACGCACAUUUUGAGUUGGGACAGUAUGGAAAAUGCAAAUAAAUAAAAACACAGAGUUUCUUACAUUUAUUUUGACUUUUAUUUGAUGGCAGACAGGCUGAACCUGAGAUAUUUCAUGUUUUAUCUGCUCAACUUCAUUUCAUUUAUUUCAUUUCAGGUCUGCAACAAAUGAGGUAAAGAAACUAAAUAAUGAUGUGAUUUUAUACAGGUGAUGUCAACAGGUGGUUGUAAUCAUGGUUUGGUAUAAAAGCAGCACCGGUUCAAUCCCCAUCACUGCCAGGUUGCCACUGUUGGAUCCUUGAGCAAGACUCUUAACCCUCUAUUGCUUAGACAGUAUACUGUCACUGUACUGUAAGUCACGUUUGGAUAAAAAGUCUUUGCUAAAUGCUGAAAAUGUAAUGUUCUUGGAUAAAAUUUUUUAUUAAAUGAGAAACUCUGAGCUCAGCCUGCAAAACCAACGGAAAUGAGUAAGAACAAGACACAAAUCCUUCUUUAGUCUGAAAGUCAGAAGCAGGUUUUGAGUUUGAUUCAGUACUAAAUGAUGGAAUUUGUUACGUUUCACACUUUAAUCAGUGUUGAGAGAACCACAUUUUUAUAUAAACGAUGCCAUAAUGCAUUAACUGUUGAGCUGUUGCUUUUAUUUUUUAUGAUUCAGACCUGGUCAUGUGGUGAAUCUGUGUAUACAAAGUGGUUUAGAAAUUAGAGUUAUCAGUUUAGGAUUUUUUUGCGCUGUAGAUCAGUGGUUCUCAACCAAGGGGGCCUCGGGAAUCUAAAGUUGGGUGAACCCAGACCUGCCUUGAAACCUUUGACGUAAAUUAAAUUAUGUAAAAUAAAUACAUACUACAAUUCUUACGUAAUUCUGUUACUGCGCAGUAAUUAUUCAGUUCAGCUCACUUAAGCUCAUGGUUCUCAAACAUGGGGCCUCAGUGAGUCUAGACGAGGACGGGAGACGAUUAGACAGGAAAAUCUAACAGCUAUAGGUAUAUGAGAGAUAACUUGUAAUGUCUUAUCUAUUCUAUCAAUUUUAAACUACCAAUACCAAUACCAAAACUACACAAAACCUUUUUUGUUAUCCUUGCUAAAAAGUACUAAUAAUAUCACAAUCUGUAUUGAGGGGGUCCCAGAAUUCUUUAUUUUGAAUACAGGAGGUCUAAGAGAAUAAAAGGUUGAGAAUCACUGCUGUAGCAGCUUUUAUUUUUGCUUGUAACUGUUGCACUGACUUAAAUUGCACUGCAGUUCCUAAAUAAAGACUUUAAUAAUAAUAAAAA